AUGGCGUGGAGGCAACAAGGAAGUACCGGAUCGAACAACAUCCCCUUGGGAAAUCGUCGACGCUUCCCUAACGAGGGUGGAACUUCUCAAGAUGAAGGCUACAGUCCUGUUCAAUCUUCCAAUAAUCAACAUGAUUCCAGUAUCAAGCGUGGACGAAGCCCUACUGUGAAGUCUGAAGAACCUGCAGGCGAUGGAGAUGGAUCUCGACGCCGCAAGAAGAGAAAUCGUUGGGGUGAUGCGACUGAGAAUAAGGCUGCAGGUCUGAUGGGACUUCCAACCGCGAUUAUGGCGAACAUGACAAGCGAGCAACUCGAAGCUUAUACUUUACAUUUCCGUAUCGACGAAAUUACUCAAAAAUUGAGAAUCGAUGAUGUUGUUCCAGCGGAUGGCGACAGAUCACCUUCUCCUGCUCCCCAAUACGAUAACUUUGGUCGCCGUGUCAAUACUCGAGAAUACAGAUACAGAAAGAGGCUCGAAGACGAGAGACACAAAUUGAUUGACAAGGCUAUGAAAGUCAUUCCUAACUAUCAUCCACCACAAGAUUAUCGCCGUCCCACUAAGACUCAAGAGAAAGUCUAUGUGCCAGUCAAUGACUACCCAGAAAUUAACUUCAUUGGUUUACUUAUCGGUCCCCGUGGCAAUACAUUGAAGAAAAUGGAGACAGAAUCUCAAGCCAAAAUUGCUAUCCGUGGAAAAGGAUCCGUCAAGGAAGGAAAAGGUCGAUCCGAUGCAGCCCACACUAGCAACCAGGAGGAGGAUCUCCAUUGUUUGAUCAUGGCAGAUACAGAGGAGAAGGUCGAGAAGGCAAAGAAGUUGAUUCACAACAUCAUUGAAACAGCUGCCUCUAUUCCCGAAGGUCAAAAUGAGCUGAAGCGUAACCAACUUCGUGAACUCGCUGCUCUUAACGGUACGCUCCGUGAUGAUGAGAACCAAGCUUGCCAAAACUGUGGUGAAAUUGGCCACCGAAAGUACGACUGUCCACAACAACGUAACUUCACUGCCAAUAUUAUCUGUCGCGUUUGUGGUAACGCUGGACAUAUGGCUAGAGAUUGCCCAGAUAGACCACGCGGUGCCAAUUGGCGCAACGAUGGUCCACCUGGUCCAGGUGCUGUUCCAGGUCAAGGCCGUCUUGGCUCUGGCGAUGCUGUUGACCGUGAAUAUGAGCAACUUAUGCAAGAACUCUCCGGCGGUGCCCCUGCUGAAGGAGAUGCUCCUCGUCGUAUCGAAUCUGGACCGUCUGGACCGUCUGGACCAUCUGGACCAUCUGCUUAUGAUCAAGGUCCUUCCAACGGUCAAGAAGAUGUCAAACCAUGGCAACGAGGCCCAACAAAUGCUCCUGCUCCAUGGCAGAAAGGGAAUGAUGUUCGCGAUUCGGCACCUUCCGGACCGGCUCCAUGGGCUCGACGAGGAGGUGACGAUAGAGAUAGAGGAGGCUAUCAGAAUGGCUACAACGCACCAUCCGGACCUUCCGCACCAUCUGCACCAUCCGGACCAUCCGCUCCUUGGGCAAAACAACAACAACAACAACAACAACCAGCCCCUCCAACUGGCCCAUCUGCCUAUCCUCCUGGUCAAAAUGGUGGCUAUGGUGGAUAUGCUCCUGGUUAUGGUAGCUAUCCUACUGAGCAACCCCCAAUGGGUGCUCCCCCUGGUCUUAACAUGCCCGGAGUUUCAACUGGAGCCCCACCUGGGUUGAGCAGUGCUAGUAUUAACGCUCUCCUUCAACAAUAUGCCAAUUCUCCGCCACCACCUCCUCCCUCCGGUGCUGCCCCUCCUCCACCUCCCCCAGGAAAUGCUCCUCCGCCGCCGCCCAGCGAUCAGCCACCACCGCCUCCACCCGGAAACUAA